AUGGGGUGCCGGAGGGGCAUAUGUCAGCAGGAGGUGCAUGGGGUGCCGGAGGGGCAUAUGUCAGCAGGAGGUGCAUGGGGUGCCGGAGGGGCAUAUGUCAGCAGGAGGUGCAUGGGGUGCCGGAGGGGCAUAUGUCAGCAGGAGGUGCAUGGGGUGCCGGAGGGGCAUAUGUCAGCAGGAGGUGCAUGGGGUGCCGGAGGGGCAUAUCAGGAGGUGCAUGGGGUGCCGGAGGGGCAUAUGUCAGCAGGAGGUGCAUGGGGUGCCGGAGGGGCAUAUGUCAGCAGGAGGUGCAUGGGGUGCCGGAGGGGCAUAUGUCAGCAGGAGGUGCAUGGGGUGCCGGAGGGGCAUAUGUCAGCAGGAGGUGCAUGGGGUGCCGGAGGGGCAUAUGUCAGCAGGAGGUGCAUGGGGUGCCGGAGGGGCAUAUGUCAGCAGGAGGUGCAUGGGGUGCCGGAGGGGCAUAUGUCAGCAGGAGGUGCAUGGGGUGCCGGAGGGGCAUAUGUCAGCAGGAGGUGCAUGGGGUGCCGGAGGGGCAUAUGUCAGCAGGAGGUGCAUGGGGUGCCGGAGGGGCAUAUGUCAGCAGGAGGUGCAUGGGGUGCCGGAGGGGCAUAUGUCAGCAGGAGGUGCAUGGGGUGCCGGAGGGGCAUAUGUCAGCAGGAGGUGCAUGGGGUGCCGGAGGGGCAUAUGUCAGCAGGAGGUGCAUGGGGUGCCGGAGGGGCAUAUGUCAGCAGGAGGUGCAUGGGGUGCCGGAGGGGCAUAUGUCAGCAGGAGGUGCAUGGGGUGCCGGAGGGGCAUAUGUCAGCAGGAGGUGCAUGGGGUGCCGGAGGGGCAUAUGUCAGCAGGAGGUGCAUGGGGUGCCGGAGGGGCAUAUGUCAGCAGGAGGUGCAUGGGGUGCCGGAGGGGCAUAUGUCAGCAGGAGGUGCAUGGGGUGCCGGAGGGGCAUAUGUCAGCAGGAGGUGCAUGGGGUGCCGGAGGGGCAUAUGUCAGCAGGAGGUGCAUGGGGUGCCGGAGGGGCAUAUGUCAGCAGGAGGUGCAUGGGGUGCCGGAGGGGCAUAUGUCAGCAGGAGGUGCAUGGGGUGCCGGAGGGGCAUAUGUCAGCAGGAGGUGCAUGGGGUGCCGGAGGGGCAUAUGUCAGCAGGAGGUGCAUGGGGUGCCGGAGGGGCAUAUGUCAGCAGGAGGUGCAUGGGGUGCCGGAGGGGCAUAUGUCAGCAGGAGGUGCAUGGGGUGCCGGAGGGGCAUAUGUCAGCAGGAGGUGCAUGGGGUGCCGGAGGGGCAUAUGUCAGCAGGAGGUGCAUGGGGUGCCGGAGGGGCAUAUGUCAGCAGGAGGUGCAUGGGGUGCCGGAGGGGCAUAUGUCAGCAGGAGGUGCAUGGGGUGCCGGAGGGGCAUAUGUCAGCAGGAGGUGCAUGGGGUGCCGGAGGGGCAUAUGUCAGCAGGAGGUGCAUGGGGUGCCGGAGGGGCAUAUGUCAGCAGGAGGUGCAUGGGGUGCCGGAGGGGCAUAUGUCAGCAGGAGGUGCAUGGGGUGCCGGAGGGGCAUAUGUCAGCAGGAGGUGCAUGGGGUGCCGGAGGGGCAUAUGUCAGCAGGAGGUGCAUGGGGUGCCGGAGGGGCAUAUGUCAGCAGGAGGUGCAUGGGGUGCCGGAGGGGCAUAUGUCAGCAGGAGGUGCAUGGGGUGCCGGAGGGGCAUAUGUCAGCAGGAGGUGCAUGGGGUGCCGGAGGGGCAUAUGUCAGCAGGAGGUGCAUGGGGUGCCGGAGGGGCAUAUGUCAGCAGGAGGUGCAUGGGGUGCCGGAGGGGCAUAUGUCAGCAGGAGGUGCAUGGGGUGCCGGAGGGGCAUAUGUCAGCAGGAGGUGCAUGGGGUGCCGGAGGGGCAUAUGUCAGCAGGAGGUGCAUGGGGUGCCGGAGGGGCAUAUGUCAGCAGGAGGUGCAUGGGGUGCCGGAGGGGCAUAUGUCAGCAGGAGGUGCAUGGGGUGCCGGAGGGGCAUAUGUCAGCAGGAGGUGCAUGGGGUGCCGGAGGGGCAUAUGUCAGCAGGAGGUGCAUGGGGUGCCGGAGGGGCAUAUGUCAGCAGGAGGUGCAUGGGGUGCCGGAGGGGCAUAUGUCAGCAGGAGGUGCAUGGGGUGCCGGAGGGGCAUAUGUCAGCAGGAGGUGCAUGGGGUGCCGGAGGGGCAUAUGUCAGCAGGAGGUGCAUGGGGUGCCGGAGGGGCAUAUGUCAGCAGGAGGUGCAUGGGGUGCCGGAGGGGCAUAUGUCAGCAGGAGGUGCAUGGGGUGCCGGAGGGGCAUAUGUCAGCAGGAGGUGCAUGGGGUGCCGGAGGGGCAUAUGUCAGCAGGAGGUGCAUGGGGUGCCGGAGGGGCAUAUGUCAGCAGGAGGUGCAUGGGGUGCCGGAGGGGCAUAUGUCAGCAGGAGGUGCAUGGGGUGCCGGAGGGGCAUAUGUCAGCAGGAGGUGCAUGGGGUGCCGGAGGGGCAUAUGUCAGCAGGAGGUGCAUGGGGUGCCGGAGGGGCAUAUGUCAGCAGGAGGUGCAUGGGGUGCCGGAGGGGCAUAUGUCAGCAGGAGGUGCAUGGGGUGCCGGAGGGGCAUAUGUCAGCAGGAGGUGCAUGGGGUGCCGGAGGGGCAUAUGUCAGCAGGAGGUGCAUGGGGUGCCGGAGGGGCAUAUGUCAGCAGGAGGUGCAUGGGGUGCCGGAGGGGCAUAUGUCAGCAGGAGGUGCAUGGGGUGCCGGAGGGGCAUAUGUCAGCAGGAGGUGCAUGGGGUGCCGGAGGGGCAUAUGUCAGCAGGAGGUGCAUGGGGUGCCGGAGGGGCAUAUGUCAGCAGGAGGUGCAUGGGGUGCCGGAGGGGCAUAUGUCAGCAGGAGGUGCAUGGGGUGCCGGAGGGGCAUAUGUCAGCAGGAGGUGCAUGGGGUGCCGGAGGGGCAUAUGUCAGCAGGAGGUGCAUGGGGUGCCGGAGGGGCAUAUGUCAGCAGGAGGUGCAUGGGGUGCCGGAGGGGCAUAUGUCAGCAGGAGGUGCAUGGGGUGCCGGAGGGGCAUAUGUCAGCAGGAGGUGCAUGGGGUGCCGGAGGGGCAUAUGUCAGCAGGAGGUGCAUGGGGUGCCGGAGGGGCAUAUGUCAGCAGGAGGUGCAUGGGGUGCCGGAGGGGCAUAUGUCAGCAGGAGGUGCAUGGGGUGCCGGAGGGGCAUAUGUCAGCAGGAGGUGCAUGGGGUGCCGGAGGGGCAUAUGUCAGCAGGAGGUGCAUGGGGUGCCGGAGGGGCAUAUGUCAGCAGGAGGUGCAUGGGGUGCCGGAGGGGCAUAUGUCAGCAGGAGGUGCAUGGGGUGCCGGAGGGGCAUAUGUCAGCAGGAGGUGCAUGGGGUGCCGGAGGGGCAUAUGUCAGCAGGAGGUGCAUGGGGUGCCGGAGGGGCAUAUGUCAGCAGGAGGUGCAUGGGGUGCCGGAGGGGCAUAUGUCAGCAGGAGGUGCAUGGGGUGCCGGAGGGGCAUAUGUCAGCAGGAGGUGCAUGGGGUGCCGGAGGGGCAUAUGUCAGCAGGAGGUGCAUGGGGUGCCGGAGGGGCAUAUGUCAGCAGGAGGUGCAUGGGGUGCCGGAGGGGCAUAUGUCAGCAGGAGGUGCAUGGGGUGCCGGAGGGGCAUAUGUCAGCAGGAGGUGCAUGGGGUGCCGGAGGGGCAUAUGUCAGCAGGAGGUGCAUGGGGUGCCGGAGGGGCAUAUGUCAGCAGGAGGUGCAUGGGGUGCCGGAGGGGCAUAUGUCAGCAGGAGGUGCAUGGGGUGCCGGAGGGGCAUAUGUCAGCAGGAGGUGCAUGGGGUGCCGGAGGGGCAUAUGUCAGCAGGAGGUGCAUGGGGUGCCGGAGGGGCAUAUGUCAGCAGGAGGUGCAUGGGGUGCCGGAGGGGCAUAUGUCAGCAGGAGGUGCAUGGGGUGCCGGAGGGGCAUAUGUCAGCAGGAGGUGCAUGGGGUGCCGGAGGGGCAUAUGUCAGCAGGAGGUGCAUGGGGUGCCGGAGGGGCAUAUGUCAGCAGGAGGUGCAUGGGGUGCCGGAGGGGCAUAUGUCAGCAGGAGGUGCAUGGGGUGCCGGAGGGGCAUAUGUCAGCAGGAGGUGCAUGGGGUGCCGGAGGGGCAUAUGUCAGCAGGAGGUGCAUGGGGUGCCGGAGGGGCAUAUGUCAGCAGGAGGUGCAUGGGGUGCCGGAGGGGCAUAUGUCAGCAGGAGGUGCAUGGGGUGCCGGAGGGGCAUAUGUCAGCAGGAGGUGCAUGGGGUGCCGGAGGGGCAUAUGUCAGCAGGAGGUGCAUGGGGUGCCGGAGGGGCAUAUGUCAGCAGGAGGUGCAUGGGGUGCCGGAGGGGCAUAUGUCAGCAGGAGGUGCAUGGGGUGCCGGAGGGGCAUAUGUCAGCAGGAGGUGCAUGGGGUGCCGGAGGGGCAUAUGUCAGCAGGAGGUGCAUGGGGUGCCGGAGGGGCAUAUGUCAGCAGGAGGUGCAUGGGGUGCCGGAGGGGCAUAUGUCAGCAGGAGGUGCAUGGGGUGCCGGAGGGGCAUAUGUCAGCAGGAGGUGCAUGGGGUGCCGGAGGGGCAUAUGUCAGCAGGAGGUGCAUGGGGUGCCGGAGGGGCAUAUGUCAGCAGGAGGUGCAUGGGGUGCCGGAGGGGCAUAUGUCAGCAGGAGGUGCAUGGGGUGCCGGAGGGGCAUAUGUCAGCAGGAGGUGCAUGGGGUGCCGGAGGGGCAUAUGUCAGCAGGAGGUGCAUGGGGUGCCGGAGGGGCAUAUGUCAGCAGGAGGUGCAUGGGGUGCCGGAGGGGCAUAUGUCAGCAGGAGGUGCAUGGGGUGCCGGAGGGGCAUAUGUCAGCAGGAGGUGCAUGGGGUGCCGGAGGGGCAUAUGUCAGCAGGAGGUGCAUGGGGUGCCGGAGGGGCAUAUGUCAGCAGGAGGUGCAUGGGGUGCCGGAGGGGCAUAUGUCAGCAGGAGGUGCAUGGGGUGCCGGAGGGGCAUAUGUCAGCAGGAGGUGCAUGGGGUGCCGGAGGGGCAUAUGUCAGCAGGAGGUGCAUGGGGUGCCGGAGGGGCAUAUGUCAGCAGGAGGUGCAUGGGGUGCCGGAGGGGCAUAUGUCAGCAGGAGGUGCAUGGGGUGCCGGAGGGGCAUAUGUCAGCAGGAGGUGCAUGGGGUGCCGGAGGGGCAUAUGUCAGCAGGAGGUGCAUGGGGUGCCGGAGGGGCAUAUGUCAGCAGGAGGUGCAUGGGGUGCCGGAGGGGCAUAUGUCAGCAGGAGGUGCAUGGGGUGCCGGAGGGGCAUAUGUCAGCAGGAGGUGCAUGGGGUGCCGGAGGGGCAUAUGUCAGCAGGAGGUGCAUGGGGUGCCGGAGGGGCAUAUGUCAGCAGGAGGUGCAUGGGGUGCCGGAGGGGCAUAUGUCAGCAGGAGGUGCAUGGGGUGCCGGAGGGGCAUAUGUCAGCAGGAGGUGCAUGGGGUGCCGGAGGGGCAUAUGUCAGCAGGAGGUGCAUGGGGUGCCGGAGGGGCAUAUGUCAGCAGGAGGUGCAUGGGGUGCCGGAGGGGCAUAUGUCAGCAGGAGGUGCAUGGGGUGCCGGAGGGGCAUAUGUCAGCAGGAGGUGCAUGGGGUGCCGGAGGGGCAUAUGUCAGCAGGAGGUGCAUGGGGUGCCGGAGGGGCAUAUGUCAGCAGGAGGUGCAUGGGGUGCCGGAGGGGCAUAUGUCAGCAGGAGGUGCAUGGGGUGCCGGAGGGGCAUAUGUCAGCAGGAGGUGCAUGGGGUGCCGGAGGGGCAUAUGUCAGCAGGAGGUGCAUGGGGUGCCGGAGGGGCAUAUGUCAGCAGGAGGUGCAUGGGGUGCCGGAGGGGCAUAUGUCAGCAGGAGGUGCAUGGGGUGCCGGAGGGGCAUAUGUCAGCAGGAGGUGCAUGGGGUGCCGGAGGGGCAUAUGUCAGCAGGAGGUGCAUGGGGUGCCGGAGGGGCAUAUGUCAGCAGGAGGUGCAUGGGGUGCCGGAGGGGCAUAUGUCAGCAGGAGGUGCAUGGGGUGCCGGAGGGGCAUAUGUCAGCAGGAGGUGCAUGGGGUGCCGGAGGGGCAUAUGUCAGCAGGAGGUGCAUGGGGUGCCGGAGGGGCAUAUGUCAGCAGGAGGUGCAUGGGGUGCCGGAGGGGCAUAUGUCAGCAGGAGGUGCAUGGGGUGCCGGAGGGGCAUAUGUCAGCAGGAGGUGCAUGGGGUGCCGGAGGGGCAUAUGUCAGCAGGAGGUGCAUGGGGUGCCGGAGGGGCAUAUGUCAGCAGGAGGUGCAUGGGGUGCCGGAGGGGCAUAUGUCAGCAGGAGGUGCAUGGGGUGCCGGAGGGGCAUAUGUCAGCAGGAGGUGCAUGGGGUGCCGGAGGGGCAUAUGUCAGCAGGAGGUGCAUGGGGUGCCGGAGGGGCAUAUGUCAGCAGGAGGUGCAUGGGGUGCCGGAGGGGCAUAUGUCAGCAGGAGGUGCAUGGGGUGCCGGAGGGGCAUAUGUCAGCAGGAGGUGCAUGGGGUGCCGGAGGGGCAUAUGUCAGCAGGAGGUGCAUGGGGUGCCGGAGGGGCAUAUGUCAGCAGGAGGUGCAUGGGGUGCCGGAGGGGCAUAUGUCAGCAGGAGGUGCAUGGGGUGCCGGAGGGGCAUAUGUCAGCAGGAGGUGCAUGGGGUGCCGGAGGGGCAUAUGUCAGCAGGAGGUGCAUGGGGUGCCGGAGGGGCAUAUGUCAGCAGGAGGUGCAUGGGGUGCCGGAGGGGCAUAUGUCAGCAGGAGGUGCAUGGGGUGCCGGAGGGGCAUAUGUCAGCAGGAGGUGCAUGGGGUGCCGGAGGGGCAUAUGUCAGCAGGAGGUGCAUGGGGUGCCGGAGGGGCAUAUGUCAGCAGGAGGUGCAUGGGGUGCCGGAGGGGCAUAUGUCAGCAGGAGGUGCAUGGGGUGCCGGAGGGGCAUAUGUCAGCAGGAGGUGCAUGGGGUGCCGGAGGGGCAUAUGUCAGCAGGAGGUGCAUGGGGUGCCGGAGGGGCAUAUGUCAGCAGGAGGUGCAUGGGGUGCCGGAGGGGCAUAUGUCAGCAGGAGGUGCAUGGGGUGCCGGAGGGGCAUAUGUCAGCAGGAGGUGCAUGGGGUGCCGGAGGGGCAUAUGUCAGCAGGAGGUGCAUGGGGUGCCGGAGGGGCAUAUGUCAGCAGGAGGUGCAUGGGGUGCCGGAGGGGCAUAUGUCAGCAGGAGGUGCAUGGGGUGCCGGAGGGGCAUAUGUCAGCAGGAGGUGCAUGGGGUGCCGGAGGGGCAUAUGUCAGCAGGAGGUGCAUGGGGUGCCGGAGGGGCAUAUGUCAGCAGGAGGUGCAUGGGGUGCCGGAGGGGCAUAUGUCAGCAGGAGGUGCAUGGGGUGCCGGAGGGGCAUAUGUCAGCAGGAGGUGCAUGGGGUGCCGGAGGGGCAUAUGUCAGCAGGAGGUGCAUGGGGUGCCGGAGGGGCAUAUGUCAGCAGGAGGUGCAUGGGGUGCCGGAGGGGCAUAUGUCAGCAGGAGGUGCAUGGGGUGCCGGAGGGGCAUAUGUCAGCAGGAGGUGCAUGGGGUGCCGGAGGGGCAUAUGUCAGCAGGAGGUGCAUGGGGUGCCGGAGGGGCAUAUGUCAGCAGGAGGUGCAUGGGGUGCCGGAGGGGCAUAUGUCAGCAGGAGGUGCAUGGGGUGCCGGAGGGGCAUAUGUCAGCAGGAGGUGCAUGGGGUGCCGGAGGGGCAUAUGUCAGCAGGAGGUGCAUGGGGUGCCGGAGGGGCAUAUGUCAGCAGGAGGUGCAUGGGGUGCCGGAGGGGCAUAUGUCAGCAGGAGGUGCAUGGGGUGCCGGAGGGGCAUAUGUCAGCAGGAGGUGCAUGGGGUGCCGGAGGGGCAUAUGUCAGCAGGAGGUGCAUGGGGUGCCGGAGGGGCAUAUGUCAGCAGGAGGUGCAUGGGGUGCCGGAGGGGCAUAUGUCAGCAGGAGGUGCAUGGGGUGCCGGAGGGGCAUAUGUCAGCAGGAGGUGCAUGGGGUGCCGGAGGGGCAUAUGUCAGCAGGAGGUGCAUGGGGUGCCGGAGGGGCAUAUGUCAGCAGGAGGUGCAUGGGGUGCCGGAGGGGCAUAUGUCAGCAGGAGGUGCAUGGGGUGCCGGAGGGGCAUAUGUCAGCAGGAGGUGCAUGGGGUGCCGGAGGGGCAUAUGUCAGCAGGAGGUGCAUGGGGUGCCGGAGGGGCAUAUGUCAGCAGGAGGUGCAUGGGGUGCCGGAGGGGCAUAUGUCAGCAGGAGGUGCAUGGGGUGCCGGAGGGGCAUAUGUCAGCAGGAGGUGCAUGGGGUGCCGGAGGGGCAUAUGUCAGCAGGAGGUGCAUGGGGUGCCGGAGGGGCAUAUGUCAGCAGGAGGUGCAUGGGGUGCCGGAGGGGCAUAUGUCAGCAGGAGGUGCAUGGGGUGCCGGAGGGGCAUAUGUCAGCAGGAGGUGCAUGGGGUGCCGGAGGGGCAUAUGUCAGCAGGAGGUGCAUGGGGUGCCGGAGGGGCAUAUGUCAGCAGGAGGUGCAUGGGGUGCCGGAGGGGCAUAUGUCAGCAGGAGGUGCAUGGGGUGCCGGAGGGGCAUAUGUCAGCAGGAGGUGCAUGGGGUGCCGGAGGGGCAUAUGUCAGCAGGAGGUGCAUGGGGUGCCGGAGGGGCAUAUGUCAGCAGGAGGUGCAUGGGGUGCCGGAGGGGCAUAUGUCAGCAGGAGGUGCAUGGGGUGCCGGAGGGGCAUAUGUCAGCAGGAGGUGCAUGGGGUGCCGGAGGGGCAUAUGUCAGCAGGAGGUGCAUGGGGUGCCGGAGGGGCAUAUGUCAGCAGGAGGUGCAUGGGGUGCCGGAGGGGCAUAUGUCAGCAGGAGGUGCAUGGGGUGCCGGAGGGGCAUAUGUCAGCAGGAGGUGCAUGGGGUGCCGGAGGGGCAUAUGUCAGCAGGAGGUGCAUGGGGUGCCGGAGGGGCAUAUGUCAGCAGGAGGUGCAUGGGGUGCCGGAGGGGCAUAUGUCAGCAGGAGGUGCAUGGGGUGCCGGAGGGGCAUAUGUCAGCAGGAGGUGCAUGGGGUGCCGGAGGGGCAUAUGUCAGCAGGAGGUGCAUGGGGUGCCGGAGGGGCAUAUGUCAGCAGGAGGUGCAUGGGGUGCCGGAGGGGCAUAUGUCAGCAGGAGGUGCAUGGGGUGCCGGAGGGGCAUAUGUCAGCAGGAGGUGCAUGGGGUGCCGGAGGGGCAUAUGUCAGCAGGAGGUGCAUGGGGUGCCGGAGGGGCAUAUGUCAGCAGGAGGUGCAUGGGGUGCCGGAGGGGCAUAUGUCAGCAGGAGGUGCAUGGGGUGCCGGAGGGGCAUAUGUCAGCAGGAGGUGCAUGGGGUGCCGGAGGGGCAUAUGUCAGCAGGAGGUGCAUGGGGUGCCGGAGGGGCAUAUGUCAGCAGGAGGUGCAUGGGGUGCCGGAGGGGCAUAUGUCAGCAGGAGGUGCAUGGGGUGCCGGAGGGGCAUAUGUCAGCAGGAGGUGCAUGGGGUGCCGGAGGGGCAUAUGUCAGCAGGAGGUGCAUGGGGUGCCGGAGGGGCAUAUGUCAGCAGGAGGUGCAUGGGGUGCCGGAGGGGCAUAUGUCAGCAGGAGGUGCAUGGGGUGCCGGAGGGGCAUAUGUCAGCAGGAGGUGCAUGGGGUGCCGGAGGGGCAUAUGUCAGCAGGAGGUGCAUGGGGUGCCGGAGGGGCAUAUGUCAGCAGGAGGUGCAUGGGGUGCCGGAGGGGCAUAUGUCAGCAGGAGGUGCAUGGGGUGCCGGAGGGGCAUAUGUCAGCAGGAGGUGCAUGGGGUGCCGGAGGGGCAUAUGUCAGCAGGAGGUGCAUGGGGUGCCGGAGGGGCAUAUGUCAGCAGGAGGUGCAUGGGGUGCCGGAGGGGCAUAUGUCAGCAGGAGGUGCAUGGGGUGCCGGAGGGGCAUAUGUCAGCAGGAGGUGCAUGGGGUGCCGGAGGGGCAUAUGUCAGCAGGAGGUGCAUGGGGUGCCGGAGGGGCAUAUGUCAGCAGGAGGUGCAUGGGGUGCCGGAGGGGCAUAUGUCAGCAGGAGGUGCAUGGGGUGCCGGAGGGGCAUAUGUCAGCAGGAGGUGCAUGGGGUGCCGGAGGGGCAUAUGUCAGCAGGAGGUGGCGCAUGA